AUUCUGCUGCUCCUGACCCCAUAAACGAUUUUUCAUCUACGGUUCGUGUUCUGAUAUAUUGGAGAUUGGGAACAGUAUUGGGGUCGAACUGGGAUAUCUGAAGCUUGUCAAUUGGUAGAAUUUAGAGUAGCCAACUCGCGAUUCACAAUAAAUUUGGCGACGGAGAUUGAGGAACAAGUUGGUGAUUAACCAUGGAUCCAGCCAAAUUAGAAAAAUUGUUCGAACAGCAGCUGAAGCUGAUGGAGAUGACUACUCAGACGCAUAUAUCUUCCCGAGUCCCAACUGCACCGACAAUUCCUGAAUCAGUUGAUGGUAUUACCAGUGGUAUUUCAGAAUUUAUUUAUGAUCCUGAUGCCAACAUUACAUUUGAUACCUGGUUCAGACGUUAUGAAGACCUUUUCAAAGUUGACUUUGUUGACAGAGAUGAUUCGUGGAAGGUGCGUCUUCUUCUCCGUAAACUUGGUCCAUCCGAGCUGGAUAAGUAUUGCAACUUCAUUCUACCGCAGAACCCACGCGACCGUUCAUUCGACGCCACUAUUCAGUCCCUUAGCCAACUUUUUGGUGAUCAUCACUCACUCUUCAGUACCCGAUAUCGCUGCUUAAAACUGGUCAUGAAUGAAUCUGAUGACUUCCUGACCCACGUCGGCGUUGUUAACCGUGAGUGCGAACGGUUCAAGCUCAGAUCCCUCACUGAAGACCAAUUCAAGUCCCUAAUACUCAUAUGCAGUCUUCAGUCACCCAAAUUCUCCGACAUCAGAACUCGGUUGCUCAACCGCCUUGAACAAGAUCCAACACUGACACUUAAUGCGAUCAUAGACGAAUACCAGCGUAUCAUCAAUCAGCAGCGUGACACCACUUUGGUUCAAUCUGGGGGCCAGGGUGGUUCCGAAGUUCAUGCUGUUCAGCACCAGAAAAAAUCUUCGAGAUCGACAAACUCGAGUCCUUCGAACGCCAGCGCUGUUUCUAUCUCUAAUCACUCUAAACCGGUUCAGAAGAAACCCCCUCGCCAUGUUGGCACUGUGGGGCCUGGCAUUAUGUGAAGUUCUGUCCAUUCAAACAGCAUGUGUGCGAUCGCUGUCAGAAAGUUGGUCACAAAAGCGGCUUUUGCAAAUCCAACCGAUUCAAUAACCGUCGAAAUGCACAGACGCAGCGUCGUUUUCACAAAACGCCGAUUACCUCAAGGAGUUUAGCAGCAGUCUUUCAUACUCAUGCCGCGACUCGACGCAAAUUUCUGACCCUCUCAAUCAAUGGUCAGCCUGUUCGUUUGCAGUUGGACACUGCAUCAGAUAUCACCAUUUUGUCGAAGAAGACUUGGCGAACCUUGGGUCAACCUCCCAUCAAACCAUCCUCUCAAACAGCCGUCAGUGCUUGUGGGGGUCAUCUCCGCCUUCAUGGUGAACUCUGUUGCUGUAUUUCAUUCAGAGGUACAACCUUCAAUGGGACAUGCUACAUCACCGAUUCUCCGCUCAACCUUUUAGGUUUAGAUUGGUUCGAAGAACUUGGUCUCGCUGAUCUUCCUAUUAGCGCUGUCUGCAAUCAAGUCCAAACUACUGCUUCUACACAACAGCAUACUGAAGACCUUCGAAAACGAUUUAUUGAAUUAUUUAGGCCUGGUCUCGGACUUUGUUCCACAACUGAAGCUGUUUUAAAACUGCAGCCAGAAGCUACGCCAGUUUUUCGCCCAAAGCGUCCAGUCCCAUAUGCAUCUUUACCUCUGGUUGACGCUGAACUUCAACGUUUGGAAACUGAAGGUGUCCUAGUACCUGUUUCUUAUUCAUCAUGGGCUGCACCAAUUGUGGUUGUAAAAAAAUCCAAUGGUUCCAUACGCAUCUGUGCAGACUUUUCUACAGGACUCAACGCGGCUCUACAACAGCAUCACUAUCCGCUGCCGAUCCCAGAUGACUUAUUUACUAUUUUAAAUGGUGGUACCUAUUUUGCUAAGCUGGAUCUGGCAGACGCUUACCUCCAAAUUCCAGUCGCUCUAGAAUCCAGAGAGUUGUUGACAAUCAACACUCACCGAGGACUUUUUCAGUAUACCCGGUUACCCUUCGGUAUCAAAACUGCUCCAGCGAUCUUCCAGCAGAUCAUGGACACUAUUCUGGCAGAUGUUCCUGGUGUUGCUACAUACCUUGACGAUGUGCUCAUUGUCGGCUCAACUGUUGAUGAAUUGCAUACCAGAACCCACUUAGUUCUGCAACGCCUCCAGAAUAAUGGUUUUCGCCUUCGCCCAGAAAAAUGCCAAUUCUUCUUACGUUUCGUUAAGUACCUGGAGUUUAUCUUUGAUGCUUCCGGACGACACCCUGAUCCUCAGAAUACUUACGCAAUCCAACAAAUGCCUGCUCCCACUGAUGUCUCCUCACUGCGAUCAUUUUUGGGGAUGAUUAGCUACUAUUCAGCAUUUCUUCCAUCACUGCAUGACGUACGAUAUCCAUUAAAUCGUCUGCUAGAAAAGAAUGCUACUUGGAAUUGGUCAACGCAAUGUGAAUCAGCUUUUUCAAAACUUAAAGCCAUGCUAAGUUCCAAUCUUCUGCUAACCCACUACAAUCCGAAACUACCCAUUGUGGUUGCUGCUGACGCUUCAAUACAUGGACUGGGUGCCGUAAUCUCACAUGUCUUUCCCGACGGGUCAGAGAAAGCGGUGAUGCACGCUUCGAGAACACUAACACCUGCUGAGAAACGCUACGGCCAGAUAGAGAAGGAAGCGUUAGCCCUAAUUUUUGCUGUCCGGCGAUUCCACAAAUUCAUUUAUGGGCGCCGUUUCACCUUGCUCACAGACCACAAGCCGUUGUUAUCAAUCUUUGGAUCAAAGAAAGGCAUUCCUGCCCAUUCGGCUAAUCGUCUUCAACGUUGGGCGUUGGCGUUAUUGGGGUACGACUUCGACAUCCAGUAUCGACGUUCCGAAGAUUUUGGUCAAGCGGAUGCACUGUCCAGACUUAUCAGUAACCAUUCUACCACUGAUGAGGACACACUCAUAGCCACAGUAUCAACCGAAGAGGAUUCCGGUGCUACACUAUUGGCGAAUGCCGUUCGAGCAAUGCCUGUUACCGCUGAAGAUGUUCGGGGAGCUACCAGAGAAGACCCGAUUAUCCAAGAAGCGAUCACCUAUGUUCAGAGCAGAUGGCCAGUCAAGCAGCUGAGUGGUGAUAUGCAACAACUAGCGAAUCGUCGCAGCGCUCUCUGUAUUGUUAACGACUGUCUGAUGUUCGGUGAUCACGUAGUAAUUCCAACAACCCUACGUUCCAAAGUACUACGCCAAUUCCACUCUGGACACCCAGGGAUAAACCGUAUGAAAUCCAUCGCUCGAAGCUAUGCAUAUUGGCCAAAUAUGGACAAGCAGAUUGUCGACUUCGUCAAAAGAUGUUCACAUUGCCAAAAAGCUGCGAAAAAUCCUCCUAAGUUGCCUCCAGUACCUUGGCCGAAGUCAGAAAAACCAUGGUCGCGAGUGCAUAUUGACUUCACCGGACCCCUAGAUGGUACCACAUAUCUGAUACUGGUUGACUCAUACUCCAAAUGGCCGGAGAUAUUGCCGAUUGCGCCACCCUCUACAACUCGAACCAUCAAACUCCUUAAUCGGAUCUUCGCUCAGCAUGGUCUUCCAGAAACAAUAGUAACAGACAAUGGUUCACAAUUCACAUCUAGCCAAUUCCGAGAAUUUUGCCUGCAAAAUUCGAUCAACCAUGUUCGUUCUCCGCCAUAUCACCCGCAAUCUAAUGGACAAGCUGAAAGGUUCGUUGAUACAUUUAAACGAGCCAUGCUUAAAGCACGAGGGGAGGGGACCACAGAAGAUAUCAUAGAACGAUUUCUAGUUGCGUACCGGACGACCCCGCAUGACUUAUUGCCAAACUCCAAAUCCCCUGCUGAGAUGCUUAUGGGGCGAAAGCUACGGACAGUUCAUGGUGCGAUGAAACCCAAGCAAGUGGCCCAGCAAAGAUUCCCUACGAAGUUGGUACAAAAGUGUAUGCGCGAGAUUAUAGACAUGGAUGUGAUAAAUGGGUAGAGGGUGAAAUCACACAAAAACAUGGGAACGUCAUGUAUGAUGUCAAGGUGAACCAAGAAAUCUGGACCAGGCACCACAAAUCAACUCAGGUCAAGGAAAGCGAAGGAGAAAGAAGCAAUUACAAAACAUGUCCCACUCGACUUGCUGUUGGACACGUUUCAACUUCCGCCAAUACCUCCAACAGAGACGACUAAGUCAUCUACUCAAGUAGAACAUCCUUCUGGUUCUGUGUGGUUGCCUCGGAGGUCGGAUCGCAAAAGAAGACACCCAAAGAAACUUCAAGUAAACCCUCGGUUACGUCGCUAUUAACUUCUCCAAAGGGGAGGUGUUGGGAUACUCAGAAGAAUAUCCCAGAAACAAUUAUCCGGUUAAGUCUAACGCUACCCUUGAACGUUAAAUGGUGUCAUUUCCCUAUUGGUCGUUUCCCUACUGAUCAAUAUUUAUUUCGCGUGUCAUUUUCCUAUUGGUCAAUAUUAAUUAACGUGUCAUCUUUCUGUUGGUCAAUAUUUAUAGUAAUCCUAACUGUAUAAAUAUGCAUUUGUUUGUAAAUCAUUAUUCUGCUGCUCCUGACCCCAUAAACGAUUUUUCAUCUACGGUUCGUGUUCUGAUAUAUUGGAGAUUGGGAACAGUAUUGGGGUCGAACUGGGAUAUCUGAAGCUUGUCAAUUGGUAGAAUUUAGAGUAGCCAACUCGCGACUCACAAUACCCGGGUUCUGACUCCAAUGUGAUUGUGUUAGAGGGAAAUAGACUGGAUUAAAGCAUGCUCAAUGCACGAUUGCUUUGGUGCAUGCUGAUUGACUAAUUCUUAUCCAAUCUGCACUAGUCAAUACUUGGAGAAUACUCUGGAAUCUUCUCAUGUAAAAACUAUAAAUAUACUAACGUUUUCCCUAUUGUGCUUCUUACUUCCAUCUAACUUUGUUAUUUGGAAUAUAAUCUCUUUUCUGUUCAA